GAAUCGUUCGAAUUCGAAUCUAUCUUCCAGACCACUCACUGUCAAUGUGAUUACUCCAAGACUCCAAUCGUUCUGAUUGACCUUAGUACUCCUGGAGAGUUCGAUAACUGUUUUUGAGUUCUUUUAAAAUUAUUCUGUUCCAGAAAAGUACUACUUAAAAUGACAGAACCAAUAAAUGUGGUGGUUACUGGGGCUGCAGGGCAAAUUGCCUAUUCUCUAUUGUACCAGCUUGCUGCUGGUUCAGUUUUUGGUCCAGAUCAACCAAUUAAUCUUCGUUUAUUAGAUAUUCCAGUCAUGAUGAAAGUAUUAGAGGGGGUAGUUAUGGAACUACAAGAUUUAGCUCUCCCACUUUUAAGGGAAAUUACUCCAACAGCUGAUCCAGCUGCAGCUUUUAAAGAUGUAGCUGCAGCUUUUCUUGUUGGAGCAAUGCCCAGAAAAGAAGGUAUGGAACGAAAAGACCUUUUAGCAGCUAAUGCAGAAAUUUUCAAAGUGCAAGGAGAAGCAUUAAAUAAAUAUGCUAAAAAAGAUGUUAAGAUCUUGGUUGUUGGCAAUCCUGCUAAUACAAAUGCUUUGAUCUGCUCUCAUUAUGCACCAUCUAUCCCAAAACAAAAUUUUACUGCAAUGACUAGAUUAGAUCAAAAUCGUGCUCAAGCAGCUUUAGCUGCACGAUUGGGUGUUCAAGUUGAUAAAGUAAAGAAUACAAUUAUUUGGGGUAAUCACAGUUCAACUCAAUAUCCUGAUGCUUCCCAUGCUACUGCAGCCCUUAAAUCUGGAACUGUACCAGUACCUAAAGCUAUAAACAAUGACAACUGGUUAAAUACCACCUUUGUGGAAACAAUUCAGAAACGUGGUGCAGCUGUAAUUGCUGCUAGAAAAAUGUCAUCUGCAAUGUCUGCUGCCAAAGCAGCUGGAGAUCACAUGAGAGAUUGGUGGGUUGGUACUAAGCCAGGUGAAUGGGUUAGCAUGGGUGUGUUGUCCGAUGGUAGUUAUGGAAUUCCAAAGGAUUUGGUAUUCUCAUUUCCAGUCACUAUACAAAACGGACAGUACCAAAUUGUUCAAGGACUUCCGAUUAGUGAUUCUGCCAGAUCAAAGUUAAAUAUCACAUCUAAAGAGUUGGAAGAGGAACGUGCAGAAGCAAACAAAGUGCUGCAAAGCAAGUGACUAAAAUCAACAGAUCAUUCUGAAAGCGGCUUACCUGUUUCAGCAAAAUUAUGAAGAAAUUGAUAUUAAAAUUUUGCCAAAUAUAUAAAUCGUGAUACAUGA